AACAAAGAUAAAUGUGUCAUGUUGGAGGAAAAUAAUUCAGCGGAGCCAGACCUUUACCCCGAGAGCGAAGAAUGUCCCGGGGAAGAUUCAUUUGGCUUUGGAGAUGAUCUGGAGUUAAAUCAGUUCGAUGGGUUGCCCUUUUCUACACGUUACUAUAAAUUACUAAAAGAGAGGAAAACUCUGCCUGUGUGGAAGGUCAGGUGCGAGUUUGAGGAUGUUCUGAUAAACAAUCAGCUGGUUAUUGUGUGUGGGACAGCAAAGACUGGGAGGAGUACACAGAUCCCUCAGUGGUGUGCAGAGUUCUGCUUGUCUGCCCAGUACCAGCAUGGCAUGGUUGUGUGCACACAGACCAACAGGCAACAGGCUGUAGAUCUGGCCUUGCGUGUGGCUGAUGAAAUGGAUGUCAACAUAGGCCAUGAAGUGGGUUACGCCAUCCCUCUGGAGACCUGUUGCUCUUCCGACACUGUUCUGAGAUAUUGCACUGAUGAUAUGCUGCUGAGAGAGAUGAUGUCAGAUCCUUUUCUGGAGCAUUACGGAGCCAUCAUUAUCGACCAGGCCCAUGAGAGGACAGUCAGCACAGACACACUACUAGGUCUCCUCAAGGACAUCCUGGCACAGAGGCCUGAGCUCAGGGUGGUGGUCCUCACUGUCCCACCCAUGACUGACAAGCUGCUGAGCCACUACGGCAACAUCCCACUCAUCAAUUUGGAGACUACAUGUCCUUCUGAAGUGGUCCACAGCAACAGCAGCAACAAGGACUACUUCUACUCGGCACUGAGACUGGUGCUGGAGAUCCAUCGAACCAAAGAGGAUGGAGAUGUUGUUGUGUUUUUUGCCUCAGAUGAGGAGGUCCAUUGUGCUCAAGGCAUCCUCCAGAGAGAGGGCACCAGGCUGGGAGCGGACUUGGGUCAGAUGGUGCCUGUGGUCCUGCAUCCAGGCCAGGGAGGGCCUUUCCUGACCAAGCAACCAGGCUGCAAGAGUUCCAGGAGAGUAUUCCUUUCUACCCAUCGGGGGGAGGACAUGUGGUGGGCUACAGAGUCUGUCAACUUUGUCAUUGACACAGGCGUUCAGAAAAAAAUGGUGUACAAUCCAAGAAUAAGAGCUAACUCGGAAGUACUUCGACCCAUCAGCCAGUGUCAGGCAGAAAUACGCAGGCUACUAUCUGGGCCAACAGGUAAAUGUUUCAGCCUGUAUCCAGAUGACAGCCAGCUUCCUGCACAGAACCCCCCACAGAUCUUAGAGUCCAACAUCACACCAACAGUCCUUUUCCUAAAAAGGAUGGAGAUAGCAGGCCUUGGACAGUGUGAUUUCAUCGACAGACCAGAUCCCGAGGGUCUCAUGCAGGCAUUGGAGGAGCUGGACUACCUCGCAGCUUUGGAUGAUGAUGGCAACUUGUCUGAGAUUGGCGUCAUAAUGUCUGAAAUCCCUCUGGACCCUCAGAUGGCCAAGGCCCUGCUAGCAUCCUGCGAGUUUGACUGUGUGAGUGAGAUGCUGACGAUUGCAGCGAUGCUGUCAGCCCCAAGCUGCUUCCUGAAGCCACCUGUUGGUAUGACCCACGAGGCAGUCCAGUGUCACAGAAAGUUCCAGCAUCCCGAAGGCGACCACUUCACCCUCAUAAACAUCUACAAUGCCUUCAAACAAAGCCAGAGAGAACAAUACUUCAGUGCUGAAAAGUGGUGCCAGGACUAUUUCCUGGAUCAUUCUGCCCUGAAGACAGCUGAGGCCAUUAGAUCAGAGUUGACUGACACUCUGAACAGGAUUGAACUUCCCAUCUCUGACCCCUCCUUUGGAACCAAAUCCAACACCCUCAACAUCAAAAGAGCUCUCCUGGCUGGGUUCUUCAUGCAGAUCGCUCGAGAUGUGGAUGGAUCUGGAAACUACUUCAUUUUGACACACAAACACAUGGCCCAGGUUCACCCGCUCUCCAGCUACGGAGCUCAGUCACAGAAGCUUGGACUGCCAGAGUGGGUUGUUUUCCACGAGUACACUCUGUCGGAGAACAACUGCAUGAGAACAGUCUCGGAAAUUUCCCCUCAAGUGUUCAUUCAAAUGGCACCACUGUACUUCUUCUACAAUCUGCCCCCUAGUGAAAGCAAAGACAUACUGCAAGACAUGUUGGACCCACAUGGAGCCAGAAAAUGUAAAGAUGAGAAACAGAAAGCUGCAGCAAUCAGCAGUGAUGCCAGCAGCAGCUGUGCAGUGAUGCCGCAGACUUAUGACAGAUGUGUGGUUCAGUGA